AUGGUAAAACAAGGCAUAGUACUUGGGCACAAAGUAUCUAGUAAAAGUAUUGAAGUGGACCGAGCAAAAAUCUCUACAAUAGAAUAUCUUCCACCGCCCAUGUCAGUCAAGGGAAUUAGAAGUUUUCUAGGACAUGCUGGGUUUUACCAAAGAUUCAUUAAGGACUUUUCGAAGAUUUCAAAGCCUGUUUCUACUUUGUUGAUGAACGGUGUUGCCUUUGAUUUUAAUGAAGAAUGCUUGCAUGCUUUUAAAGUGCUGAAGGAGAAGCUGACAACUACACCUAUUGUGGUGGCUCCAAAUUGGGAUUUACCGUUCUAA